AGAAGCGCAGUUCAUUCACUGUCAGACACGCUCCGCUCCGCGCUUCAGGACCUGCUGAAGCUUCACCAGACACAUUCUUUCAUGAGGACACAACGUGGAUGGUGCGUCAAAUGGACUAUUCUGGAUAAACGUGGACUCUUUGAUUAUACUAACUCGUUUUUUCGUCUAGGAACAUUUUUGGAUUUAGAUUUUGUAUUAUUCAAACACAUUUCUGAAAAGAUGCUAUAAAAGGAUGAUAUUUUAAUGGAUUAAAAGCGACAAGAAGUAAUUAGAGUCGAUUUUAGGACUUGCUUUUCUGUUUGACUUGUGAAGAGUUUAUCCUUUGGGAGAUUUGUCUGUAGAAAGGCAUGUUCCCCGGCUCCCCGCCGGUUGGAGCAUCUCUGCGGCUCCGGUCGGGACGGUUUCGCCUGCGCUGGGACACUUUUGGACCACAGGGGAGAUGAGAACCGCGCUGAUCCACUUUCUCGUCUGCUGCUUCUCUCUGCUUUCAGCAGCCGCUGAGGAAGCACCAAUUCCCCGAGAGCUGAUUGAGAGACUCUCUAACAGUGAGAUCCACAGCAUCAGCGACCUCCAGAGGAUCCUGGAAAUGGACUUCCUAGAGAAUGAAGUGCUGGAGGAUGUUAAACAAGGCCACCAUAAGGAGCAUCUGUACGACAGCAGAAACCUCAAGAACUUGCACUCCAGACGCAAGAGAAGCAUUGAGGAGGCAGUGCCAGCCGUCUGUAAGACCCGUACGGUGAUCUAUGAGAUCCCACGAAGUCAGGUGGAUCCAACAGCCGCCAACUUCCUGAUCUGGCCUCCGUGUGUGGAGGUGAGGCGAUGCUCAGGCUGCUGCAACACCAGCAACAUGCGCUGCCACCCGUCCAAAAAACACCACAGGAACGUGAAGGUGGCAAAGGUAGAGUAUGUUCGACGGAGGCCGAAGCUGCGGGAGGUGCAGGUGCAGCUGGAGGAUCAUCUGGAGUGUGUUUGCACGUCCAGACAUCACUCAGAGUCCCGCAUACACACAGCAGAUAUAAGGUGAGCGUGGCACCAGAUAAAAAAAAGGCAGAGGAGGGCAUCAGAUAUCAGGCUGAACCACAGCCAUUGACUGAUAAAAUCUGAAGACACUCUUCAACAGCGAGCCAAUCAGGGCGCAGCUCUUGGAUCACUCUGGACUUUUCAUGCACCUUUAAAAGGAACCCAAACUUGUGGGUUUGGAUAAAAACCCAGAGGGAUUACACAAUAGACUGCAACGACAGCCUGAAAAACGAACUCAGACUUCUGUCUCCACCGCCUUUUAAAGGAGAAUCAAUCAUGACUUUAUCUAUCGAAAUGUAUAUUUCUCCAGCAAAUAACUGUAUCAUAUUAUUUUUGUAACUGUCCGUUUUCUAUCGACACUGAUCGUCUCUUGUAUAUAUGCCGUAGAAUGGACGAAUGCAGCAAAACUCAAUCUACAGUAACUCUUAUACUAAUAAAGCGAAUACAUUUUAUUGUGUUUGUUUCUCAAAGA